ACCUGAAUACACCUGCUUAGAGCAAACAAGCGCCGGCUCAUUUUAAUAUUACCUGAAACUGUGAAUUCAAGCAGCGCUGUGUGGAAAAGACCCACGAUCAAGAGAAUGUCUUCGACCAUCUGCCUCCUCCCUGAGAAGCACUUUUUAUGUUGUUUGUGCAAAGACAUCUUCACCAACCCGGUGACCAUACCAUGUGGACACAGCUUCUGCUUGUCCUGUCUCAGCCAGUACUGGGGACGGCACCAGGUCAAGUACUGCCCCGACUGCAGAAGAGUGUUUCCUGACAGGCCUGACCUCAGUGUCAACCGAAUUUUGGCUGAUGUCUCUGACAAGUACAGGAAGACUCGACCUCCGAAAGAUCCUGAGGAGGAGACGAUGAUAGAUGUUGAGGAAAUGAUUCAGGACAGACUGCAGAAGAUAGAAAGACUAACAAACUCCUUGGCCUCUCAGAAGAGCUCUUACCUCCGUGAGGUACGGGAGAGUCAAAAGGUCUUCUCUGCCCUCGUGAGCACCAUGGAGAAGACUCACAAAGCAGUUGUGUCUGCGAUUGAGGAGAAGCAGAGAGAGGAGGAGAGACGAGUGGAAACCUUGGUGAAAGAGCUCAAACUGGAGAUCGAGCAGCUGAAGAUGCACAUGGACGAGGCCGAACCUCCGGCUCCUGAUCAGAGUGACGACAUGAAACAAUUUAUAGCACCCUCUGAGAUGAAGGACUGGUCCAAGGUUACCAUAGAAACGGACCCAUGUGUUGGAGUUACCAGAAGAGCUUUGUCAGAUGUCCUGGAGAAAAUUAAAGUGGAAGUAAAUAGGCUUUCCAAAGCUGAGCUCAAAAGAAUCGAGAAAUACACAGUGGACAUCAACCUGAGUGCAAAGACAGCCCACCCGUUUCUCUCCGUCUCAGAUAACAGAAAACAAGUGAGGCACACGGACAAACUUCAGGAGGUGCCGGAUCACCCCAGACGCUUUGACCGUGUGGCCAACGUGCUGGCCAAGGAAUGCUUCAACAGCGGAAGGUACUACUGGGAAGUGGAAGCUGGGGAAAAGAUCGAGUGGAACCUGGGCGUUGCCAGGCAGACCAUAAACAGGAAAGGCAAGUUCACCGUCUGCCCCUCAAACGGCUUCUGGACUUUAAGCCUGAAGGCGGGAGGCCAGUACGUUGCCAACACGUCUCCGGUCACUGUUGUGGCUCUGGAGCACCGACCCAGGAAGGUGGGCGUCUAUUUGGAUUAUACGGAAGGCCACGUGUCAUUCUUCUGCGCUGAAUCUGGAGUCCACAUCCACACGUUCACAGAUAAAUUCACCGACAGGCUGCAUCCGUUCUUCAGUCCUGGUCGACUGCACGGUGGCAAAAAUGCAGCUCCACUAAUGAUAUCAUCUACUUCAUGUAGCAUCUGAAGAACUUG